GGGCUGGUUUCAAAUAAUUUUACCAACCCCAGAAAAAAAAAAAAUCUUCCCCAAACUCCUAUAACACUAGCUGUGGUGAUUGUAAGACGUAUAUCCUAUAUAGGGUUGUGCAUGGUCUAGACUAUACGCGCAGUGUCACCGUUUCAUUUCACUGUGCUCUGAUUUGUAGUGAUCCAAUCUUAAUUCAUAUUGAUCGCUGCCUUUCCAUUUACAAAAACAAAGUACCAGCGUCUUUUUUCCAUUUUGUACAGCAAAGUACCGCAGCAGCACGUCUGUCCUCUAGCAUUUAACAUUUCCAAACAUUGUUUUGUAGUCCUUCAUUUUUUUUUUUUUUUCGUGCUUUUUGAUUGUUUGUUUGUUUGUUUGUUUGUUUUAAAAUUCCCGAAUCUUAAGUUACAAGAGAGGAGAUCUCCCCCUCCCGUUUCAGCACCAGGACGUCCGGUGCGUGGUUAGCAGAUCUUGUGUGAGUUGUGGAGGUGCUGAAGAAUACGAUUCUACGAGAGUCACGAUGAGUACACGAGGCGAAGCAGCCGGUCAGUCCUCCGCAGCACAGGAUCAACCUGCAGCACCGGAGCCUCAGAAGAGAGGUCGGGGCAGACCGAGGAAACAGCAGCAAGAACCAACUGGCGAGCCUGCUCCUAAACGGCCAAGGGGGAGACCUAAAGGAAGCAAAAACAAAGGCCCCUCCAAAGCAGCUCAGAAGGUGAGAUCCAGCUCUCUGGCAUUUCCAAUCCACUGCUCAGCACAGCCCUCCAAACCAUUCCACUCACUCAGCUCACUGUCUUUCCAAAUAACAAAAGCCACUUCCUUCCUGGAGCACUGGCGUUCUUAAUGGGGGGUUAACACU